GAAGCACUGCUCUCUGACUUCUUUCCUCCUCACUGCGCUUUUCCUCCUUCAUUCGUCUGCUGAGCCGUGAACAUGGACACACACUUACACACACUCUUCUUACUAAUGCUGCUGAACUUCUCCACAUACAGCGGGUUCCUAAUCAGACACACGAGUAAAGGUGUGUGUGUGACGGUUCAGGGCGGAGUGGUUGUAGUUCUGCGGAUCUGUGAUGUGAAGAACCCAUCUCAGGACUGGACGUGGACUGCGGACAGGAAGCUGAAACACACCCACUCGGCCGUGUGUUUAUGGGUGAACCUGAGUGUGGGCACGCCCUCUCACGCCCGCCUGGUGAAGACACACCCUUGUAACUCUGCACCUGCGUGGAAAUGUUAUGAUGAGUUUGGGACCUUCGGGCUGGAAAUGUUGCCUCUGUACCUGCAGAAACAGGGCGAGCGGGUCGUGGUCCGGUCGGAACCCAAACACUCCAACUGGACCCGGUACACAGAGCACAAAGUGGAGCUGACACACAUUUGCUCCCACACAGGUCCUUCAACAGUUGCUAAAACCACAGGAGUGAUAACAACAGUGAGGAUCCCUGUAACAUCCUACAACACAGCUAGAACCAGAACCAAAAGGACCCGGACCACUGGUACCUUUAAUAAAGACAAACUGACUCACACAGUUGGACCAGAACUUCUCAACCUGGAGAAACAGGAAGCCAUCUCUGUCACGCAGUUCCCUUCUGAAAAGAGAAAUGUGAUAAGUAAUGUCACGGCGGUUUCAGAUUUCCUCCAGGACAUGCGCCAGAGAACAGACAUGAGCUCAGAGUUUAUUCCCACUGAAAGGCGCAAUAUGGUGACAUCACUUCCUGCAAACACACGCUUCAGAUCUCCAACUGCAGGGAACUUCUCCAACUCCUCCAACUCCUCUAACUCCUCCUCCACUGCUUCUGUCUUCUCAACAUCAAUAACUGAAGCAGCUGAAACUCAGACUGACAUCAAAAGUGUAAAACACAUGACAACAUGGUCACAUGUCACAGGAAGCCGACACUCUGUAAUAUCUAGAGCAGUGCUAAACAAAACUCAGACAUCACGCAUGAAGACUGCAACCACAACCACAGCUGCCCCCAGAGUGACCACGAUGGAGACUACAAUUGGACCUACAGUGACUGAAACACUGAGUGAAAACACAUCUACUGCAGCUUUUACAUCAGCUACAACUAAACCCAGAACUGCAGAUACUCAAACAACCAUGACUGCCCCUGUACCCCAAACUACUACUAGAUUUACAUCUGCUCCUGAGACUAGAGCAGCUCCAACCACAAAUGGACUUGUACCUAAAUCUAUUAGGGCAACUAAUUCUAAAAGUGUAACUACACUCAGGACUGUAACUACAGCAAUUGGAGCAAAUGCAACAUCCUUUAUUACUACUGCAGCUCCAACUACAACUGCCCCCGGAACUGCUUCAACUCCAAAUACAGCUACUCCUGUAACUGUUUUGGCUUCAAGUACACCUGCCCCUAUAACUACAGCUAGCACAGCAACUAGACCUAUAACCAAAGCUCCCAGGUCCACCACAAUUACCCCUAUUAAUAAAGUGAGAAGGGUAACUAUAUCUACCCAUGCAAUAUCUAUAGCUCUAACUACAACUCUAGCUACAAUUGGCUCAACAAAUACAGCUAAUGAAGCAACAACAGCUUCAUCAAUAACUACAACUACUGAGGCAUCUACAACUACCCCAAUAACUACAACUACUGAAGCAACUACAACUGUCCCAAUACCUACAACUACUGGGGCAACUACAAUUGCCCAAAUAAUUAUAACUACUGAGGAAACUACAACUGCCCCAAUAACUACAACUACUGGGGCAACUACAUCUGCCCCAAUAAUUACAACUCCUGGGGCAACUACAACUGCCCCAAUAACUACAACUACUGAGGCAACUACAACUGCCCCAAUAAUUACAACUACUGAGGCAACUACAACUGCCCCAAUAACUACAACUACUGAGGCAACUACAACUGCCCCAAUAACUACAACUACUAGAGAAACAAAGUCUAGAAUGGCACCUACAGAAGCAAUUACGACUGCAGAGAGUCUGACUACUGAACCUCCAACAACAACCACUCCAACUACCACUGUGACCUCCACCACAUUCACCACCUCCACCAUGCCUCAGCGUGAAACCACAGAGAAACAGGUCAGGUGUGUGGUCAACCAAACUGAAGCCAUCAUUAACUCAAACUCGUCUGUGAUUGAGUUCGGAUCAGCAGGACACUUCUGUGUUUUCACUCUGAUCAACCGUGAAACUGGAUCUCAGAUAACCAACUGUUCUCAGAUCCAAACCCACAGCAACAGGUUUACCUGUGAGGUAUCAGGUCUGAAACCUGGCACUGUUUAUCAUUUUGGAAUUAUUUCCCAAACUGAUGGAGAGCAUUUCAACAUUUCACUUCAGACCGAUCCAGCUCAGCCCUCAGGUCUUGAGAUUACUCCAGAUGUUUCCCUCAGUCCUGGAUUGUGGAUAAAGUGGCUCCGAUCUCCAGGGCAUGUUGAGUGGUAUGAGUUGGUACUUUUAGACUUGAGGAUGGAUUUCUUGAAGAAAAAGAAGAUUUCAGGCAAUGCUGUGACACGCUCCAACUUCACCAACCUCAUCCCGGGAACACGCUACACACUCCGCCUUGUGGCCAAGUCUGGGAACAAGACAUCUGUAGCUGCUACAGGGAAUGCAGUGAUAGCUCCAUCAGCAGUAAGCAGUCUGAACGUCUCCGCCGUCUCCACCAGCAUCAGGGUUUCCUGGCAGCCAGGGCCUGGACACACAGAGGAAUUCUGGGUAAUGCUGAGUCAUGAAGAUGCACUGAUCCAGAACCAGACGUUUAAAAACACUGUAACGUCAUGCACUCUGGACGGCCUUAGUCCAGGAGCGCUGUAUACGGUCACUGUGGUCACGGAAGCAUUCAGGAAACAACAAAAUGCAACAAAAGACAUUCGGACAGUUCCUGCUCCAGUAACCGAGCUAAAACUGGAGAACGGUGGCAGUGAGGACUCAUUAAACACCUCCUGGACUCCUGCAGAAGGAGAAGUGGAUGAAUACCUGAUCUCCUUAACUUCCUCUUCCUCCUCCACUGAACAGGAAGCUGUGCUCUCCCCCAACACAUCCCAUUGGCGCUUCCGCAGACUGACACCUGGACGGGUCUAUCAGGUGUCGGUGAGGACUAAGAGUGGCGAACUCAGCACUGAGGCUAAAGCUACAGGUAGAACAGUUCCUGCUCCAGUAACCGAGCUAAAACUGGAGAACGGUGGCAGUGAGGACUCAUUAAACACCUCCUGGACUCCUGCAGAAGGAGAAGUGGAUGAAUACCUGAUCUCCUUAACUUCCUCUUCCUCCUCCACUGAACAGGAAGCUGUGCUCUCCCCCAACACAUCCCAUUGGCUCUUCCGCAGACUGACACCUGGACGGGUCUAUCAGGUGUCGGUGAGGACUAAGAGUGGCGAACUCAGCACUGAGGCUAAAGCUACAGGUAGAACAGUUCCUGCUCCAGUAACCGAGCUAAAACUGGAGAACGGUGGCAGUGAGGACUCAUUAAACACCUCCUGGACUCCUGCAGAAGGAGAAGUGGAUGAAUACCUGAUCUCCUUAACUUCCUCUUCCUCCUCCACUGAACAGGAAGCUGUGCUCUCCCCCAAUACAUCCCAUUGGCUCUUCCGCAGACUGACACCUGGACGGGUCUAUCAGGUGUCGGUGAGGACUAAGAGUGGCGAACUCAGCACUGAGGCUAAAGCUACAGGUAGAACAGUUCCUGCUCCAGUAACCGAGCUAAAACUGGAGAACGGUGGCAGUGAGGACUCAUUAAACACCUCCUGGACUCCUGCAGAAGGAGAAGUGGAUGAAUACCUGAUCUCCUUAACUUCCUCCUCCACUGAACAGGAAGCUGUGCUCUCCCCCAACACAUCCCAUUGGCGCUUCCGCAGACUGACACCUGGACGGGUCUAUCAGGUGUCGGUGAGGACUAAGAGUGGCGAACUCAGCACUGAGGCUAAAGCUACAGGUAGAACAGUUCCUGCUCCAGUAACCGAGCUAAAACUGGAGAACGGUGGCAGUGAGGACUCAUUAAACACCUCCUGGACUCCUGCAGAAGGAGAAGUGGAUGAAUACCUGAUCUCCUUAACUUCCUCUUCCUCCUCCACUGAACAGGAAGCUGUGCUCUCCCCCAAUACAUCCCAUUGGCUCUUCCGCAGACUGACACCUGGACGGGUCUAUCAGGUGUCGGUGAGGACUAAGAGUGGCGAACUCAGCACUGAGGCUAAAGCUACAGGUAGAACAGUUCCUGCUCCAGUAACCGAGCUAAAACUGGAGAACGGUGGCAGUGAGGACUCAUUAAACACCUCCUGGACUCCUGCAGAAGGAGAAGUGGAUGAAUACCUGAUCUCCUUAACUUCCUCCUCCACUGAACAGGAAGCUGUGCUCUCCCCCAACACAUCCCAUUGGCGCUUCCGCAGACUGACACCUGGACGGGUCUAUCAGGUGUCGGUGAGGACUAAGAGUGGCGAACUCAGCACUGAGGCUAAAGCUACAGGUAGAACAGUUCCUGCUCCAGUAACCGAGCUAAAACUGGAGAACGGUGGCAGUGAGGACUCAUUAAACACCUCCUGGACUCCUGCAGAAGGAGAAGUGGAUGAAUACCUGAUCUCCUUAACUUCCUCUUCCUCCUCCACUGAACAGGAAGCUGUGCUCUCCCCCAAUACAUCCCAUUGGCUCUUCCGCAGACUGACACCUGGACGGGUCUAUCAGGUGUCGGUGAGGACUAAGAGUGGCGAACUCAGCACUGAGGCUAAAUCUACAGGUAGAACAGUUCCUGCGAGGCCAAUGUGGUGUAAGCUAAUGCCUCUCGGUGACCCUGUCUCUCUUAGGCUGUCCUGGUCACCCACUCUAGGACAGUGGGAAUAUUACAAAGUGCAGCUGCUCAAUGAUUCAUUUGUGAUAAUGAAUCAAAUGGUAGACAGAGAAGCAAAGGACUUUUUGUUCACCAGUAGAACCUUUCUCCCCGGGAGAUUGUACAGUGCCAAGAUCACUGUGUUUAGCGGUUCUUUAACCAACACACAGUCCUGCCAAGCAAGACUCGCCCCUGGGCGUGUUCAGAAGCUUCUUGUCCAUCAUAAUGAUGAGUCGUCAGUGUAUGUUCAGUGGCACCCUCCUCUGGGAGAGUGGGAGGAAUAUUCUGUCUAUCUGACAGAUGUAGGAGGAGAGGUGAAGAAAAGACGGACACUAAGCAGAGAGAUAAAUGAGUGCAGCUUUCAUGACCUCACACCUGGAAAAGAGUAUAAUAUCACCGUGGUAACACACAGUGGAGACCUGAACAGCUCUACCACCAUCAACACCCACACCAUUCCAGCCAGUGUCACACAGCUGAAUGUCAAUAAUGAGGGUACGACUGAUUCUCUGCGUGUAAGCUGGACUAAAGCGGAAGGAGAUGUUGACCUGUACCGCAUGCUGCUUAUUCAGAACAUCAUCGUGAUCAGAAAUGAGAGUGUGACAUCACAGCAGUCAUCAUAUAGCUUCCAUAUGCUGAAGAGCGGUACCCCCUACAGGGUGGUGGUGAUCAGCAUGAAGAACGGUGUGUCCUCCAAACAGAGAGUGUCUGAGGGGUGCACAGUGCCUGCAGCGGUGGGUGGAGUCUCAGUCAGUAAUAACGGUCGGACAGAUUUCCUUAGCGUGUGGUGGAGACCGGCGCAGGGGCAAGUGGACAAGUACACGGUCACACUCAGUCACCACGGCAACAUCAUACACACACACACUGUGCUGAAGUCCACCUCCGAGUGUGUGUUCAACUCACUGGUGUCCGGUCGCCUAUACAACAUCAGCGUCAACACACACAGUGGGGUGUACACCAACCGCACAGUGGUGCAGGAGAGAACACAGCCAUCUCCUGUGCUGACGCCGUGUGUUACACACAUGGCACGUGAUGACUCUUUGAGGGUGUACUGGCGACAUCCUGCUGGAGAUUUCGACUUUUACCAGAUAGUUGUUCAACACAACAGUGUGAUCCAACACAACACCACAGUCACACAGUCCCAGGAUGAGUGUGUGUUCACUAACCUCGUCCCAGGACGACUGUACAUAGUCAUAAUCAGCACUUGGAGUGGCAAGUACGAGGCCACUGUGUCCACCCACGGGAGAACACUCCCCGCUGGUGUGCGUAACCUGACGUUGUUGUCUCAGGGGACACAGGAGUUGGGCGUGGCGUGGGCGUCGGCUGUAGGAGAUGUGGAUCAUUAUGAGGUUCAGAUUGUGUUUAAUGAUAUGAAGGUGUUUCACCCGGUCACUCUGAGCAGCAGUACGACUCAGCACGUCCUCUCACUGCUCACGCCCGGACGGCUCUAUAAGAUCAUCGUGUCCACCUUCAGUGGCCCCAAUCUCAGUACACGCUUCAUUGAAGGGAGGACAGUACCGAGUAAAGUGAAGAACAUCCACGUCAGUAAUGUAGAGGAGACAUCAAGUCUGCGUGUGAGCUGGACUCCGGCUCAGGGUGAUGUGGACAGUUACUGUGUGUUUCUGAUUGGUCCAGGCGGAGUCAUAGAGACACGCCCCACCCCCAAACAUGUUAAUGAGAUAACUUUCAGCUCAUUACAGCCUGGAGAAAAAUACAGCAUCCGAGUGCAGACUAUCAGUGGGAAUUUACAUAACAACAACACUGUUACAGCACGUACAGUGCCUUCCCCGGGGACAUCAGUGCAUGUGGACAGUAGUGUGAGUCUGAGCAGUGUGCGUGUGAGGUGGUCCGUGGGGAAAGGUGUGUGUGAUGGGUUUAGUGUGUUGCUGCAGGAUGAGAGAGGGUCGGUAUUGAGGAAUGUCACACUGCCACCUGUCUCACUGCAGCACGAGUUCACACAGCUCACUCCAGGCAGGAAGUACUGCAUCCUCAUACACACCCUGAGCGGCGGGAUACAGAGCAGAGCGGCCAUCACACACACACGCACACUCCCGGCACCAGUCACCGAUCUGUCCGUCCUGAGCCGAUCAUCAUCAUCCCUGUCUCUUGGUUGGUCUCGUCCUGUGGGGGAUUUUGACAGCUUUGUGGUUUACUUGUACAGAGGUGACAGCUCUCUGCAGGAGCAGUGCAGUGGAGGAGCGAACAUGAUGAGCUGCUCCUUCUCUCACCUGAUACCUGGAACUGAAUACAGAGCCACAGUUCUGACAAAGAGUGCAGAACUCAGCAGCAAAAACUACAUCCAUGCCCGCACAGUGCCGGAAGCCGUGUCCUCAGUGUGUGUGGAGAGCAGGAACAGGACAGACAUGCUGUAUGUGAGCUGGAAACCCGCUGCAGGUGAAGUGAGCGGAUACACAGUCACCCUGUAUGAUUCGACUCAAUCCCAGCAUGCCAUGCAGCAUCUGAGCUCUGACAUCACACAGCUGGAGUUCCAUGGACUUGUACCUGGACACCUCUACUAUGCCAACAUCACCACACACAGCGCUAACCUCUCCAACAUAGCUACCUCCAUCGCCAGGACCGCUCCAAAGCCACCAUCAUUGUUCUCCUAUGGAGAUGUGACCAACACGUCAGUGGAGGUGAAAUGGGCAGGGCCAAAUGGAUCAGAUUAUGAUGACUUUGAUCUGCAGUGGUCUCCGGGUGACGCUCUGUCGGUGAUUAACCCGUAUCAGAGCACCACGUUACACCGCCGCCUGCUGAGGGGCCUGUACCCGGGACGACUGUACACACUCCGCCUCUGCACCGUCAGCCGCACAGGAGGACAUGCUACAUACAGUCAACAUGUCUUCAUACACAUCCGCACCAAGCCUCAGAGGAUCUCAAGUCUGCACUGCCGGCCGCUGAACUCAUCUGAGGUGUUGUGUUCGUGGAGCCCCCCACAGGCUGAUUUUGACUGGUACAGGGUGGAGUGUUUCCGUCAGGACUCGGGUGUGUUGGUGAUCUCCAACCGAAUGCCGCGCAACUCCACACUGUACCACAUCACAAACCUGGAACCUUACAAAAGCUACAACAUCUCCAUUACAGUCAUCUCCAACAACAUGGCCAGUGAGGCAGCCGAGCAGAACACCAGCACCAUGAUCGACCGCCCCCCCCUGCCCCCCCUGUCCAUUCGGGUCGGUAAAAGCAUCGUCCACAUCACUAAGUCCUCCAUCUUCUUCCGUUUUGACUGCAGCUGGUUCAGUGACGCUAAUGGAGCUGUCCAGUAUUUCAGCAUCAUCGUAACAGAGUCUGGUGAGAGUGAAGACGUUCAGCCUGAACAGCGCCACCCGCUGCCGUCCUACAGGGAUUACAUCAAUAACACUUCGGUGAAGGUGUAUCAGUCAGGAUAUUUCCCCAGCAAUUGUGACUAUGGACUCGGCUCCACACAUACUUUCAACAUCACACUGGGCUCAGGCAUGGACAUUCUCGGGGGGAAGUGUGAACACACGCCCACACACACACUGAGCACGGACACAGAGCGCGGUGUGUACUGCGAUGGCCCUCUGAAACCCAACACUGCCUACAGAGUAAGUGUGCGAGCGUUCACACGGCUAGCUUCAUCUCCUCUCUUUAGAGAUACCUUCCUCUCUCCACCUUUAGUCACAGACACAGAGCCUCUAGUGGGUGUGAUUGAGGGAGUAAGUGCUGGACUCUUCCUCAUCCUCUCAAUGGUGGGAAUCAUCAUCAUCCUCAUCUGCAGACACAAAACACACAAAGUUGUACAGGAGCCAAUGGUGCGGAUAAAUGUAAGAAGAGACAGAACGACAUCAAUCUCGAGAAUCAGAGGUUUCAGGAAUCGACGCAUAUCAAGUCCGAUUAACAUCUUAAACUUCGAGGUUCAUCUGACUAAACUGCAAGCUGACUCCAACUACCUGCUGUCUCAGGAAUACGAGGAUCUGAAGGAAGUGGGUCGGAACCAGCCUCUGGACACGGCGUUACUGCCGGAAAACCGAGGAAAAAACCGCUACAACAACAUCCUACCAUAUGAUUCGACUCGAGUGAAACUGUCGUGUGUGGAUGAUGAUCCGAGUUCAGACUACAUAAACGCCAGCUACAUUCCUGGGAAUAAUUUCAGGCGUGAGUACAUCGCCACACAGGGACCACUGCCCGGCACUAAAGAUGAUUUCUGGAAAAUGGUGUGGGAGCAGAACGUCCACAACAUUGUCAUGGUGACGCAGUGUGUGGAGAAAGGACGGGUGAAAUGUGACCACUACUGGCCGUUUGAUCAGGACCCACUGUAUUAUGGAGAUCUGAUUGUGCGGAUGCAGUCCGAGUCAGUUCUACCAGAGUGGACCAUCCGGGAGUUUAAGAUCUGUAGUGAGGAUCAGUUGAAUUACUGUAGAACUGUGCGUCAGUUCCACUACACCGUGUGGCCCGAUCAUGGAGUUCCUGAAAGCACUCAGUCUCUGGUGCAGUUUGUUCGCACUGUGAGAGAUUACAUCAACAGAACUCCGGGUUCCGGACCUUCCAUCAUCCACUGCAGUGCUGGAGUGGGCCGUACUGGUACCUUUAUUGUUCUGGACCGGGUUCUGCAGCAGCUAAACACUAAAGACACAGUGGACAUUUAUGGUGCUGUGUUUGACCUGAGACUGCAUCGCUCACACAUGGUGCAGACUGAGAGUCAGUACACAUACCUGCACCAGUGUGUGCGUGACGUUCUUCGUGCAAGAAAGUUACGGAGUGAGCAAGAGAACCCACUGUAUCCUGUCUAUGAGAACGUGCCUCCAGAGAACCACUGGGACAGAGUACACAUGCGCCGUUAAAACUGCAUGGACCGGAUGAAGACUUCACUGUUGAAACACUGAAUUAAAUGUAUAUUAAUUUUAUUUUUAUAGAUCAUGUGUAAGUAUUAUAAACACUGUGUAUACUGUUUAUAAAUCUUGUACAUAAGCUACUGUACAGGACUGAGUGAAUGUUAACAUACAAAAUUAAGACUUUUUAUUGCAAGUUUUUGAGUAUAAUUUUGAACUUGGUUUAUUAUCAUUACAGUGUUGCUAGUCAUUAGCAUUUAGCUACUUAUAUAUUUUAUAUAUAUUAUGCAUUUUUUAUGAUUUUUAAAACAUUUAAAUUAAAAAGAGAAAAGGAAAAAAAAAGUUUAUACUUAAGCUUUGUUUCUGAAUAUUUAUUAAAUUACAAAUAACUAAAUAAAAGAUAAAGUGGUGUUAAUAAGGUAUAACAAACACAGGUGAGAUUACUGAGGCAUGUGAAAUGCUAGCGCUUAGGGUAGUGUAGUUCUGUGCCCUUUGUCCCUACCAUGAGAAUACCAAACUUGAGUGUUUAUUAAACAUCCAGAAAAAUUACAACAAAAUCUAAACAUAAUUAAAAAAUUGUUAUAAACUAGGUGGAAAAAAUAUAAGUUCACCUUUCCUACUUUCCCAAACAUUAAGAGAGUAAUUAGCACUCAGGUGUUACUAACAAAAGAUUGAUGUUCUGGAGCACUCAGGUGUGUGUCUACAUCAGCCAUGACCUCAGAGAAGCAACUGUUGCUGCUCAUCAAUCUGGAAAGUGUUAUAAGACCAUCUGCAAACAAUCUGAAAUUAAAUUCAGUUUUAUUUCUAUAGUGUGUUUAACAAUGGACAUUGUCCCAAAGCAGCUUUACAAAUAUAUAUAUAUAUAUAUAUAUAUAUAUAUAUAUAUAUAUAUAUAUAUAUAUAUAUAUAUAUAUAUAUAUAUAUAUAUAUAUAUAUAAUACAACUCUCCUAUUAUUAAACCCUAAUUCUAAUGAAGAUCAACCCAAACCUCUGAUACUGACUUUAAACCAAAAACUGCAAACAGGAAAAAGAGAAAAUUCACUCAUAUUAUUCAUUUAUGAUUAAUUAACUCUUAACUGUUCUGCAGAAUAAAUUGAAUUUAAAUAUUUAGUAAGUUGCUGUAAGUUUCUGCACUCUUUUUGUGAUGCACUGUUCCCUCCUGACCUCCAGGUGUCUCCAUCUGAUCAUCCUAAGGAGCACAUUGUAGAAACACAUAACCUCAUUUAAUCCAAUUAUAAUACAAUGUGUUAAAAUAUUUUAUAUUUGAUAUAAUUUAUACAAAUGUAUAUAAAUUCUACAUAUAUUUUUGUAAUACAUCUGUUUUAUUAAUUUUUUAUUUUAUUUUAUUCAUUAGUCUGUUUUAUGCCUUUGUUCACUGCUAUUGUUAGUAUCAUUUGUCAUAUUCUUUUGCUUUGGUAACACUGUCACUAAACCGUCAUGCCAAUCAGGCACACUGAACUUGAACGAGAGGAGAGACAGACAGACAGACAGACAGACAGACAGACCGAAAUAAAUACAUACAUACAUACAUACAUACAUACAUACAUACAUACAUACAUACAUACAUGUGGGGGGGGGGGGGGGGGGGAUUUUACCCAGCUAGAUUUUAUUAAUGAUUCACUGUGAGAAAACGUCUCGGGGAAACUUUGUAGAUUUACUAACACACACACACACACACACACACACACACACACACACACACACACACACAAUCCACAACUGAUGUAAAGAGGUUCCUGAGCUGUAUAAUAACUUUUUUAAUGCUUACAACUACAUUUACAUUUAUUCAUUUAGCAGAUGCUUCUUCCCAAAGCGACUUACAAAUGAGAAAAUACAAGCAAAGCGAUAUAUCAAGCCGAGAACAUUACGAGUAGUGCUACUGUACAAGAUUUAUAACUGAGUUCCAGAAGAAGCAAAGUGCGCAGAGUAGAGGUGUAAGUGCCAGAGUAAAUUUUUUUUUUAUGGGUUGGUUAGGUGUUGACGGAAGAUGUGGGUCUUUAGCUGUUUUUUGAAGAUGGUGAGAGAUUCUACGGUCCGGAUUGAGGUUGGAGGUUCAUUCCACCACUGAGGAACAGUUAGUUCGAAUGUUCUUGAAAGGGACCGUGAGCCACGCUGAGUAGGCACUACUAAGCGUUGGUCUGUGAUUGAUCGCAGAUUGCGUGAGGGAACGUAAGGAGGGCUCUGUUCCAGACAAGGUCUUGUAGGUGAGCAUCAAGGCCUUGAAUUUGAUGCGGGCGGCUACAGGAAGCCAGUGGAGGGAGAUGAAGAGGGGUGUGAUGUGGGCUCUCUUGGGCUGGUUGAAGACGAGACGUCCUGCUGCAUUCUGAAUCAUCUGAAGGGGUUUGAUGGAGCUGCUGGGAGGCCCGAGAGUAGUGAGUUGCAGUAGUCCAGUUUUGAGAUAACAAGAGCCUGGACUAGUUUCUGUGUAGCCUGUUCGGUGAGGUAGGGUCUGAUUUUCUUGAUGUUGUACAACUAGCUACAGGAGUGAGAUCCCGACUAUUGUGUAAACACAUACUGAUUACAAUUACAUGUUGGUGACUUAAAAUGAUUCAUUUAUUCAUUCAGUUAUUCAUUAUACAGUGAUAGACUUAAAUCUAAAACUCUAUGGAAAUUAUAAAAUGGCCGUGAUGUUUAUAAUGAAGAUCUCCACACACUGCUAUAUUGUAUACGUUUAUAGAAGAGAAAUGAUUUAUAAUCUCACUACAGGAUGGGAUUCCUUGUGAGUCUGGUUCCUCUCAAGGUUUCUUCCUCAUGACGUCUCAGGGAGUUUUUAUUUGCCACCGUCACCUCUGGCUGCUCAUUAGGGAUAAAUCUAAAUCUAUAACUAUAUCUGGAGAUCUCUAAAGCUGCUUUGUGACAAUGUCCAUUGUUAAAAGUGCCAUAUAAAUAAAUCUGAAUUGAAUUCAAUUGAA